UUUUUAUUUCUUCAAUGGUCUCAGGACUCUACUCGUGGUUUUCCUCCAUGUGCACUGCUUUCUGCAUCACUUUCUUCUCUUUCAUCCUCUUGUUUUCUUUGUUGAUCUUCGUUUUGAGGUUGAAGAAGGCCUGGUGUAAUUGUGAAAUCUGCCAGGCUUAUCUCACUUCCAGUUGGACCAAAGAAUUCGAUAACCUUUGUGAUUGGUUCACUCACCUCCUUCGAAAAUCUGCAACCGGAACGAUCCAUAUCCAUGCUCUCGGCAAUACCAUCACUGCAAACCCUAAAAACGUCGAGCACAUUCUCAGGACCAGAUUUGAAAACUACCCAAAGGGGAAACCUUUCGCUGCUGUCCUCGGCGAUCUUCUUGGUAAAGGUAUUUUCAACGUCGAUGGUGAUUCGUGGAAGUUUCAAAGGAAAAUGGCUAGCCUUGAGCUUGGUAGCACUGCCAUAAGAAGGCACGCGUUUGAUAUCGUCAAUUCAGAGAUUCAAUCUAGGCUUCUCCCUCUUUUUUCAUCGAUUUCCGCUGAACAACGAGUUUUAGAUUUGCAAGACGUGUUUCAACGGUUUUCAUUCGAUAAUAUCUGCAAAUUUUCUUUCGGGUUAGACCCUGGUUGCCUCGAGUUAUCGUUGCCCGUUUCGGAGCUGGCCGAAGCUUUUGAUUUAGCAACUAAGCUAUCGGCGCAAAGGGCGCUGACAUCGUCACCUUUUAUAUGGAAGCUCAAGAGGGCAUUGAAUUUAGGAACUGAGAAACAGCUUAAACAAGCCAUUAAAAUGGUGGAUAUGUUAGCUCAAGAGAUGAUCAAGAAGAAGCGCGAGAAGGGUUUCUCAGACAGCAAUGAUCUUUUGUCAAGAUUCAUGGGAACAAUCAAUGACGACAAGUACCUCAGAGACAUUGUCGUGAGUUUCCUCUUGGCUGGUCGGGACACGGUGGCCGCAGGUUUAACGAGCUUCUUCUGGUUGUUAUCUCAACAUCCAGAAGUUGAGUCGGCCAUUCGAGAAGAGGUCGAAAGGGUCGUGGGAUCGAGCGAUGACCACCACCAACAACUUCCAUCUUUCGAUCAACUGCGAGACAUGCAUUAUUUACACGCGGCAGUGUGUGAAAGUUUAAGAUUGUUUCCACCAAUUCAAUUCGACUCAAAGUUUGCUCUUGAAGACGACAUUUUGCCUGACUGUACCUUUGUGAGAAAGGGGACAAGGGUGACUUAUCAUCCAUAUGCAAUGGGUCGGAUUGAGCGGGUUUGGGGCCCCGAUUGUCUCAAAUACAAGCCGGACAGAUGGUUGGAAAAUGGCAGAUAUGUCCCUGAAAACCCUUUCAAGUACCCAGUUUUCCAAGCUGGGGAAAGGGUUUGUCUAGGCAAGGAAAUGGCUUUGGCGGAGAUGAAAUCGGUGGUUCUAGCUAUAAUCGGCCGAUUCAACAUCAGGCUUCUCUAUCCAAAUAAAACACCAAGGUUCACCCCUGGUCUCACCGCCAACGUCAGAGGCGGCUUACCUUUUCUAGUCCAAGAAAAGGGAAAGAUCCAUGCAGAGUAG